AUGUUAAAACAGGAUGCACAUGAAGACUUGCAGAAUGUAACCGAUAUUAAAGAUGAUAACUUAGAUGAAUUAGAGCCGGAGCUCAAAUCAACUUUUCCUAUAGUGAAUUCUGAAAAUGAACAACUUUUCUAUGAACGUCUAUUAAAAAUGCCCGAUAAUAAUAUUGUAUUGUAUUGUCAUGGCAAUACUGCAUCUAGAGGUUCAGGACAUCGCAUAGAUGUCUAUAAAUUAUUACGCAAUUUAGGCUAUCAUGUCAUAUCUUUCGACUACAGAGGCUAUGGUGAUUCGGAUGAUGUUUCACCUACAGAAGAGGGUGUUGUACGAGAUGCUUUGGCCGUUUAUUAUUACAUACGUAAUAUUACUACAAAUCCGGUAUUCAUAUGGGGUCAUUCCUUGGGUACGGGAGUUGCCACUAAUAUGUUGUCCAAACUGAAUAAUUUGGAUGAGAAGGGAGUUAGAGGAGUAAUUUUAGAGGCUCCCUUUACGAAUAUAAAAGAUGAAAUUAGAAUGCAUCCAUUUGCAAGGCCCUUUAAACAUUUACCCUGGUUUGAUCACACCAUCUCACGUCCCAUGUAUGCAAAUUCUUUGCGCUUUGAAUCCGAUCAACAUAUCAGCGAAUUUAGACAACCCAUUUUAAUUGUACACGCUGAAGAUGACUAUGUAGUGCCCUUCCAGCUGGGCUAUAGACUGUAUCGCAUAGCUUUGGAUACACGAGGCAAAGCCUGGGGUCCCGUAGAAUUCCAUCGCUUUGAAGGUUCCCGUAAAUAUGGUCACAAAUUCAUAUGUCAUGCUCCCGAGUUGCCCGAUUUAAUUAAGAAUUUUAUAAACAAUUAUCGUAAUGAAAUUUUUUAAGGCAUUUUUUCUCAUCCACAAUGAAAAACAUAAGCAAAAUUCAUUUGUAAUUCCCUAAUCUAGUAUAUAUUACAAUAUACUAUCUAUCUCUUCACUAGCUUUAAGUAAUAUUUUCAAUGGAAGUUUAGCUUUAAAGAAAAUUUGAAAAAUUAUUUUUUAAAAUUUAUUAGAAAUUAAAAGAAAUGUUAUUGGCCUACCCUGUUUGGUGUUUAAAUUCUGUUUAUAAUUUAAAAUUUGCAAAUUAAUUUUUAAUAACAAUGUAUGUAUUAUGAACAAAAAAAAAUAAUACUCAAAUCUCUAAAAAAGAGAUUUGUUUAUUUUUUCAAAAAGUUUUUGUAUGAUAUUUUCUAAGUCAUUAGUAUUAAAUAAAUUCUAUUCUAGAGUAUUUAGAUGUGCAUCAAAAAAUAAAAGGAAAUCAAUAAAAA